UCCUCCAGUUCCCCCCUUGCGACCCCUGCAUCCACGCAGGCGGUUCUCCUCCUCCUCACCUAAUUCCAGUCCUGGGCGGGAGGCCAUUCCACUAUACAAGCGGGGCAAAUUUGUGCCACGGGGCCAUCAAUCUGGGUGCAAGUGGCACUCCUCCUCCUUGCCUUCCCAAGCAGUCGCAGUGGCUCACAAACGCCCACGCCCAAGGGCUCUGGCCCUUCCUACCUUUCCUCCCCCUGAUCCAGCCUUGCCUUCUCACCCCCUCCCACCCCUUCCUAUCCAGCCCGUCCCUCCUCCUCCCACCCAGCCUGCUCUACCUGUAUUACCUCUGCCUAACCGGGUGCCUUUGAGACUUGACUCAGAUUCAAGUCAGACGAAUCCAGGGUCACCAGCAUCUCCAGACCCGUUUGUGCCAAUUGACCCUGAGAAGGAAGAGGGAGAGCUAUCUGAGGAGGAUUCUGCCCCUGUAGCACCAAUUUCAGCAUGCUUAUUUUCCUGUAAUGAUUUUGAUGUUUUGCUUUCUAAGGCUAAGAGGUCAAUAAAUGAUGUGUCUCCUUCUGCCACUAUGCAGACUUGGAUCAGAAUGUCUUUCCCACUGCAUCUACUCAUCGGUACUCUUCCCUGACCUCUUUAAGUAGGUCAUGUUGGCAGAAUGGCAACAACCAGCCUCUUGUAGACCCAUUGAUAGUUACCCGAGGACGCAUUAUGCCUUCUCCCAGGUGGCUGCCUUUCUCCUGGCCACCCCCCAUAUUGACCCGCCCAUUGUGCAGAUGGUCUCGGGGACCCUUAUUAAUACUGAGGGACAAGAACAAUUAAAGACCAUAGAAGACAGGAAGGCACUUACUGCUCAAAAAGGAUCCAAUUUUUUUGGCCCAUCCAUGGAUGCUGUCCUAGUCGAGACAAGGGGUAAAAAGAAAGCAAUGCCAUACAUAUGGAGGGAAUCCAGGAGGUCCUUUUGCCCCUCCGCCUCAUCCUUUCAUCCCCAGCGGCAAUUCCACAGGGACCAGUCCUUCAGGUCUGAAGACUACAGAGGUCAAAUCUUCAGGGGGUCAGGCAGGCCCCCAGUGGAGGUCUCGCCACAGAGGCGCAUUCUGGUAUUAGAACCUUCAACACUGCUCCCUAACACAACAAAAGACAAUGACUCCUACUCCAUUGGGUGCAGGCUCUCACAGUUUGCCCUUACCUGGAUGUCCACCUCACAAGACCAAUGGGUACAGGACACCAUUUCUCACAGUUACUCCAUAGAUUUCAUGUUCCUUCUGCCCAAGAGUUAUAUGGUCACCUCACGCUCCAAGAGGGAGGACAAGCACGAGUUUGUCAGGAGAUCCAACAUCUUCUGGAGAUCCACGCCAUCAAAGAUCCUGUACCCUCAACGCAAAUAUGCUCAGGCCUUUACCAGGAGUACUAACAAUGACAAACACUUAGCAGUGGCCUACUUCCAGCGAGGAACAGUGGCUUACAAGAUGGAGAAUUAUCAGUCAGCCAUUAAUGACUUAAAAGAGGCAUUGGCUCAGCUACGUGGAAAUCACCUAAUAGAUUACAAGAUCUUAGGCCUGCAGUUCAAGUUGUUUGCUUGUGAGGUGUUAUACAAUCUAGCCCUUGCCAAUGCCAAGCUAGAAGAAUGGAAAAAAGCCGAAGAGCAGUUGUUGAUGGCCAUGAAAAUGAAGACAGAGCUUCAGCACAACAAAAUAAAAAAGGCAAUGGAAUCCAUUCUGAAGCAAAAACUCUUUGAGCCCAUGCUGAUUCCUGAAGGGAAGCUGUUUGUGCCAAAUGAAAAGCAAGUGGCACAGCUGGAGAAGAAAGAUUUCUUGGGGAAAGCCACGGUUGUUGCAUCUGUGGUUCACAAUGAUGAAUUUUCAGGCUUUGCUCCCCUUCAGCCCCAGACAUCAGAGCCACCUCCGAGGCCAAAAACAACAGAAAUCCUCAGGACCCUGCAGGGGGAACCUCACAGAGUCCUGUAUGAAUUUGUACCAAAAACAGCAGAAGAGCUUCAAGUCCUUCCUGGCAACAUUGUUUUUGUCUUGAAGAAAGAGAAAGACAACUGGGCCACUGUUGUGUUUAAUGGAAAGAAAGGGAUUGUACCCUGCAACUACCUAGAGUCAGUGUACCUGCACAAACCGUCUUCUGGCCAGCCACAUUGGUCACCAUGUUUCCACUGUAUGCAGGAGAACAGCGCAGAAUUGGUUAUCCCUGAUCCACCCAACAUUGCUGCUCCAGAACGGCCUGACAGAACUUCUCCAGAUCAGAGAAGAAGUUCCCCAGAGGCUGUUGGCUUGGCUACUCCGACCUUAUACACUGUCAAAGUGCAUUAUAAAUACACAGUAGUAUUGCAAGCUGGCCCUGAGAUGUCUUACAGCAGCCUCCUGGACAAAGUAUGCAAGAAACUCAAGCUCUCACCCGAGCAAACAAGACUGAGCUACCGGCCGACAGGUGGCAAGGAGCUGGUACCUUUGAGCAAGGAGCAUGUGGAGACCCUGUGGAGUCAUGCCAAGAACUCCUGCUUGACACUGUGGUGCAGCCACAUCCAGGCAGGCAGAGAUGGCAAGGAAAUACCGCAGGAGAUCCUUAAAAAGCUAGAAGCAAACCAGGUUGUAGCACGAUAUACUUAUGAAGCCAACCAGCCAGAGGACCUGGAGUUCCAGAAGGGAGACAUAAUUGUUGUUCUGUCUAAAGUGAAUGAUGAGUGGUUGGAAGGCGAGUGCAAUGGGAAAGCGGGCAUUUUCCCCAAAGCCUUUGUUGAAGACUAUAGCAGCAAAGAUCUUGAAACUAUUUCUGAAGUGUAACAAGUUCAUAAUCCACAAAGCAGCAAGAAGGUUCGGAUGCUUUUUAAAAAUAAAAUAAAAUAAAGGCAAUUCAUCUCCAUA